CUGGGACCCCACUCCUCCACGGUGGAGAGGCGCAGAAACUGCGCCAUUUUAGGUUCCGAGUUACGGCAGCGAAGAGCCGGAGCGCAGGCAGGUUCAGCCCCGGCGCCGGGCUGGCCCCGCCCCCGGGGCGCUGGGCGCCCGCCCCUCGCUCAGGCCCCGCCUUUCCCCACGUGCCUGCCUCCUAGGGGAGGUCCCUGAGCCAGAGCGGGCCCGCCACCGGUCCGGCCCGGUCGGCGCAGACGGUCCUGUCGGCGGCGCCCGGGAGCGGCCCGGCUUCCCGAUGCUCCCGUGCUGGCUUCCGCGGGCCGGGCUGUGCGCUUAGUGCCCAGCUCUGGCCCCCUGAAGCGUCCACGGGGGUGAGAGCGGCCUCGGCCCCGCGGAGACGGAGCGGCUGGAGGACGAGGCGGCGGCCGCGGGGAGGAGGAUGGGGGCUAACCAGUUAGUGGUGCUCAACGUGUACGACAUGUACUGGAUGAACGAGUACACCUCAUCCAUUGGAAUCGGAGUUUUUCAUUCAGGAAUUGAAGUGUAUGGCAGAGAAUUUGCUUAUGGUGGCCAUCCUUAUCCCUUUUCUGGAAUAUUUGAAAUUUCCCCAGGAAAUGCUUCUGAACUAGGAGAAACAUUUAAAUUUAAAGAAGCUGUUGUUUUAGGGAGUACUGAUUUCUUAGAAGAUGAUAUAGAAAAAAUUGUGGAAGAACUGGGAAAAGAAUACAAAGGCAACGCCUAUCAUCUGAUGCACAAAAACUGCAAUCACUUUUCUUCAGCUUUAUCAGAGAUUCUUUGUGGGAAGGAGAUUCCUCGCUGGAUCAAUCGACUCGCCUACUUCAGCUCCUGUAUCCCCUUCCUCCAGAGCUGCCUCCCUAAGGAGUGGCUCACGCCCGCAGCGCUGCAGUCCAGUGUGAGCCAAGAGCUGCAGGACGAACUAGAAGAAGCUGAGGACGCGGUGGCGUCCGCUUCCAUGGCCAGUGCAGCAGCAGGCACCCGGCCUGGGCGCCACACGAAGUUAUAAACGUCUCCAAAGUCACACAUUCAGAACUGUCUCUGGCAGCUGAGCAUCAGAGAGAAAAGGAGAACAGUAAGCGUCCUUCGGCUAUUUCAUAUGCAAAGAUGGCUCUCCCCCAAACCCUAGUUUUUCAGCUCAGGAUUCUCUUUGUAAUCAACUCACUUGGCGCCGGAGGGAGAACUUCCUAUGAAGCCGCCCUCUGUUUUUUUUACCCACUUGUAAAUUUGGAUUUACUUCUGUUUUAUACAAACUCGGUUAAGUUAUGUUUACAGUAUUUUGUAUCGCUGUUUACAAAUCUUGCAUGGACUCCUGCCACCGUGAGACAAGAAAACCUUCACGUCUUUAAAAACGAGGCAGGUAAUCUUUGUACACUCCUGACAAUUGCCAGAACUAUGGCAUAAAUACUAGGCACACAAAAAGGUACUUAACGCAAUUAUAGUCACCUCACCUGCUUAAGAACUGUUGUGUAGGUUUGUGUUUGUUUUGUUAAGGUUUUGGCACCAGGAUGCAGAGAGGUGAAGGAGCACACACAGCCCCAGGGCUCGGGACCUUGGUCUGCAGGAAGGUGGCUCGGCUCUGGGUCUCGCUCCUCUCAGCACUCCACGCCUCCCACUCCAGGUAGCAUGUCUCCUGAGGUUCCCGUCGGACUGUUGCUUUCAUCCCAGUUGUCCAUCCACCCACACAGGUGGUACAUGAUUGUGUCCGUCUGGCUUCGAUGCCUGAUUCUGUAAUUAAGAUGUUUUUCAUAUAUUCUUGCUAGUAACUGACGAGUGGUUUUGCACAUGUGUUGGGGGGCUUCAUUUUUAUUUUAUUACAUACUGAUAUCCGCCCUGCACAGGAUUUUAUUGAUGGGGUAGGAAUAUCCUAAAUGGUAGCCUUGUGAGGAGCAGGAUGAGUUGACAUUCAACUGCUUUUAACUAUUCAGGCUACCUUUUAUACUAGACCUUGAAAACUAGUCUAAAGUAAUACACUCCAAAAAAGGUAAUUCUUUGAUAUUUCAGAUAUUUUAUGUACCAUAUCAGAAACAGUAUGUUGAGUUUGUCACUUUGUUAUGAGAGCAUUUUCAUCUCAUAAUAGAAAGCCUAGCUAGCCUCAUCGACCCCUUGUCUAAAAAUCACAUUUGUGUGUCUUAGAAUUCAUCCUUUUCUGUUCUCUCAAAUGUAUGUCUCUUACAUAACAUACUCGAAGGACAAAAUUGUCACCACAGCUAAGUCCUCAUUAGCAAGGAAUCUGUCUGGUCAAGUCUACUCCCAGUUUGACCCUUGGAUGAAAGAGCCAAGUCAUUACAUGUCAAAUUCAAUUUUUCUGCCUUAAGAAUGAAUGUCCUAUGUAAAAUAUUGGAUGCAGUGUAUAAAUUACCCAAGGCAGUGACUUCAGCUUUAUAUAUAUUGUUAGUUUUAAAGUCAUCUACUUUUAUUUAAACUUCUAGAUUGGAUUGUUUGCUAUUCUCUUUAUAAAGAUACAUAUCUGUCAGUAAACUACAUUUUUAACUUUUCCAUAAACUGAUUUUGAUUCAUUGUAUCAACUUAAGCACACCCUGUUCAUAGGGAAAACACACCUUGUGUUAUGAGCAUUGACCUGAGGAAAAUGAAGCCACUUCACCUAAUUUAUGCUUUUGACUGUUGUUUCUGGAGAGGAAAGCCUUUACAAAUUAUGCUCAGUUCUUUGGGGGGACAGAGCGCUUGUUUGAAGAGAUGUGACGGAAAGAAGAAAGGGAUACAUGUGAUCUUUAUGAAAAGUUGACUCGGUUCAGGCCUAAAAGAUGAGAUUUAGAAUAAAACACUAAGAUGCUAGCAGUGAAUUUGUUCUCUCAAAGAAGGGUCUUAUCACCAAAACCCAGGCUAGUGAAAAGUGUUUGAUGCACUUUGCUUGGGUUAUUUGUUUUUGUUUUGUUUUUUUAAUAAUGUGGUAGAUGACAGCUUUUUCUAAUACAUUCACGUGUACACGACUUAAACCUGGGCUGCUGACACACAUAAAGGAGUGGCCCACCAUUCAUCAGACACUUCUUGGUGAAAAGCCAGGAACGUGCCAUCUGUGCAGAUCCAGAAUCCAGCACCUCCGCACACAACCAUUUUAAUUUGUUGUGUUUACUUUGAUCGGCAGUAUUUGGCGUUUUAAAAGCGUGUAAAGGGUCCUAGUAGAAAUAAGUCAUGGCCUAAGGCCAAUGAACAUACUAAUAAUCAGCAGAUAAAAUUCUGGAUGUGAGAUUGUUUCAGGUUGAGAAAUAAAGAAAUUACUUUAGAAAAUUUCAUUUAACUCAGUUCCUUCUCUGCAGUUCAAAAUUGAGAAUGGGUGUCAUUACCCAGCAUUUAACCUGCUUCCAACCUGAUCUCUGUUAAGAAAAACCCUGUAUCAAAAAGCUGGUCAUUAAGAUACAUGUGAUAGGAUGGAGUCGUAUUCUCUUCGCAGUUAUAACCAAGUGAAGCACAUUUCUCAUGGGGGGUUGGAAAGUAAUAUAGUGUUAGAGAGGCAGAAGCUGCUGGUUUCUACCAUUUGUUUUAAAUGCUCUUUUUUUGUUGUUUUUUUGUUUUUCAACCCUAAGAAGGGGGCAUCAGCUUUGGGAAGUAUGGCGUAUGAACUGUAGCAGGCGGUGAUGUGGUAGUAAAGAGAGCAUCCUACUUGAUGCCUGAAAUCCAGCCCACUAUUGCUCUGACCCAUAGCAGUAGCGCAAGUUACCUUCACCAGCAUUUGUGCAGCACAGGGAGCUCUGGUCUUGGCCAGCUGCGAGCAUGGCGUGUGUGCAGAGAGCCGACGCUACAGACGGCUGCACGACUCUGUCCAUCGCUUCUUUCCAUCACUACACGGGUAGCAACACGGUCACCGCUUCACGGUUCUAAUCGGUGUGUCUUCUUAUGGCUCCCUUUCUGUAAGCUGCUCUGUAAUUUUGAUACAUGCUGUGUUUUCUUUCAGUGACUAAAUUUAACAGACUUGGGUUUUGUUCAGCGAGCUGGCCGUACCGCCAUUGUAACCUCUUGUCUUCAGUGUGGUUUUAGCGUGCACUCCAUCCUUAGACUCCCGUUGUCUGCUCAGUCAAUGCACAUCCAUCUUCACUGUUGGAAAGGUGCUACAGCUGUUAAAGAACCUUCAUGAACCUGAAGACAAAUCCUUGUGAAGUUGAAUGCAAAUGUACUGUCAUUCAUAGUGUUUAUAUAAAAAAUACCAGGACUCUUCACUUUUGCUACCUUGAUAAUAGCAUUGGGCUAUCAUGUUAACAACAUUGAAAUACAUCAAUUUAUUAAAAAAUACUUUUAUAAGAAA